AUGUCGUUCCUCAGAAGAAUCGUGCACAAUGAUGCCGUCAAGCUGGACCCUCCAGAGGUCUACAACUGGAGAGUCUUCGCCUUAGCAGCAGCCGCCUGUUUCGGAGGCACACUCUUUGGCAUGGAUAUUGGUAUCAUUGGCGGUGUGUUGACAUUGCCCGAUUUCAAGGAUGAAUUUGGAAUCACACACAAGUCGAAAAUUGCACAGUCCAACCUCUCUGCCAACCUGGUGUCGGUCAUGCAAGCAGGCGCUAUCGCUGGUGCACUGGCCGCCAAUCCGUUGGCCGACAAAUGGGGUCGGAAGAUUACCAUUUAUGUUGUCGCAACCUUCGCUUUCAUUGGGGGUCUCCUCCAGGCUCUGUCGUACGGCCAUUUAUCCUGCUUCUAUAUUGGACGGUUCGUCGAAGGACUGGGUCUAGGCGGAGCCACCAUGGUCGCACCCACCUAUGUUGCUGAGAACGCUCCCCGCGGCAUUCGAGGUCUGCUGGUCGGGUUCUAUCAGCUUUUCGAAACGAUGGGUGCUAUGGUUGCCUUUUUCAUCAACUACGGCAGUCUGCUCCACUUGAAAGGCCAUGCUACGUGGAUCGUCCCGUUGUCGAUGCAGUCCCUGCCGCCGUUCCUCCUCUUUGUUUCCAUCUUGUUUUGUCCCGAAAGCCCUCGUUGGCUCGCUUCUCAAGACAAUUGGGACGAUGCCUCCAGAAUUCUUGCCAAAGUUCGAAACCUACCGCCCACACACCCCUACGUGCAAGCCGAACUUCUCGAAAUGCAAACACAGCUGGAAGCUGAGAGAGGCCGCGCUGGCGGUAACAGUUACUGGGCGUUGACAAAAGAGGCGUGGACAAUUCCUGGAAAUCGCAGACGAGCGAUCAUGGCGAUCGCACUGAUGACGGCGCAACAAUGGACUGGAACCAAUGCCAUCAAUUACUACGCACCGACUAUCUUUACCGAUCUCGGCGUUACCGGAAACACACAGAGCCUGUUCGCUACUGGUGUCUACGGCAUCGUGAAGAUGGGUUCCUGUGCUAUCUUCAUCACCUUCCUUGCCGACACUCUCGGGCGCAGAUGGUCGUUGGUCUGGACUGGACUGUUCAUGUGGUUCUGCAUGUUCUAUCUGGGCUUUUUCGUUCGAUUCGACGCCCCCAAGCAAGGUGCUCCGAUAUCUGGUGCUGGGUACGCUGCAUUAGUCAUGGUGUAUCUCUAUGCCGCUGCCUUCCAAUUUGGCUGGGGCCCUGUUUGUUGGAUCUAUGCAUCUGAAAUCAGCACUCAAAGGCUCCGAGGCCUGAUUGUGUCAUAUGCUGCCGCGACACAAUGGGUUUUCAAUCUGGCUGUUGCUCGAGCUACACCCGUUAUGCUGGAUACUGUGGGCGCAGGCGGCUAUGGUACAUACUUUAUAUACGGCUGCUUCUGCUUCACCAUCGCCAUCGGAGCCUACUUCCUAGUGCCUGAGACCAAGGGGAUUUCCUUGGAGCGAAUGGACGAACUGUUCGGAAUGACCGACUUUAGUGGAAUUGAGGAUGUCGGAGUGGCUUCCCACAAACAUGAUGUCGAGGCCAUCCACGUCGAGGUCAAGUGA